GCUGCGCUGCGGGCGGUGCCGGGCAGGUCGCGGCCAUGGCGGCGGUGUAGCUGCGGGCGGGCGGCGCGGGGCCACCAUGAUCAUCGAGAGCGUAGACGCGCUCAAGUCCUGGCUGGCCAAGCUGCUGGAGCCCAUAUGUGACGCCGACCCCUCAGCCUUGGCCAACUAUGUCGUGGCGUUAGUGAAGAAGGACAAGCCCGAGAAGGAGCUGAAAGCUUUCUGUGCUGACCAGCUGGAUGUGUUCCUGCAGAAAGAAACUUCAGGGUUUGUAGAUAAACUUUUUGAAAGUUUGUACACCAAGAGUUACCUUCCUUCUGCUGAGCCCACAAAGGCAGAGACAAAGCCUGCAGGGCAAGAGAAAGAAGAAGUCAAGGAGGAGUUGUGUGUUAAACAGAAUUUUCAAGAGUCUGUUGAAGAAGAGCGGGAGAGCAGGAAGAAGAAGUAUUCCAGUCCCCAGAGGAGCCGUACAGAUUCCAGUGAGCAAAGGUCCAGAGAGAAAAAGCGGGAUGAUGGGAAGUGGAGGGACUAUGACAGGUACUAUGAUAGGAGUGACUUGUACAGGGAGAAGUCUGGCUGGCGCCGGGGCAGGAGUAAGAGCCGCAGCAAAAGCAGAGGGCUGAGCCGGAGCCGCAGCCGCAGCCGGGGCCGCAGCAAGGACCGGGACGGCAGCAGGAGCGGGCUAGUUCAGGUCUGUCGGAAAAGUAGGUGGCACAGAUUACAGCAUUCCACGCACCUUGAGACCGCGUUAGUUAAGGGCAGAGAGCACCGAGAGAGAGAGAGGUCAAAAUACAAGAGUGAAAAAAAUGAUGUCGAAAGCUCAUAUAAUCCGGUGUCCGCAUCUCCCAGUAAAUCCUCUGAGCAGUAUUCCUCUGCACAAGCUAUUCCCAGUGCUGUAACUGUAGUUGCACCUGCACACCACCUUGAAGGCACCACAGAGAGCUGGUCAAACUACUUCAACAAUCACAGCAAUCCCAGUUCAUUUGGCAGAAACCCUCCUCCUAAAAGAAGAUGUCAAGAUUAUGAUGAGCGAGGCUAUUGUGUCCUUGGCGAUCUCUGCCAGUUCGACCACGGAAACGACCCCUUAGUGGUGGAUGAAGUCUCCUUGCCCAGCAUGAUCCCGUUCCCGCCGCCGCCGCCGGGGCUGCUGCGCCUGCCGGUGCCGCAGCCGCACCCGCAGCCCCCGCCGCCCGUGGUGCUGCCCGUGCCGCGGCCACCUUUAACACAGUCCAGCUUGAUCAACAGUCGUGACCAGCCGGGGACAAGCGCAGUGCCCAGCCUUGCACCCGUGGGAGCAAGGCUGCCUCCUCCUCUGCCUCAGAACCUGCUCUAUACAGUGUCAGAACAUACAUAUGAGCCAGAUGGCUAUAACCCUGAAGCUCCUAGUAUUACCAGUGCUGGUAGAUCUCAGUAUCGGCAGUUCUUUACGAGAGCACAAAUGCAGCGUCCAAAUCUAAUUGGCCUAACAUCUGGGGAGAUGGAUACAAACCCUCGAGCUGCCAACAUUAUCAUCCAAACUGAACCUCCCAUUCCCAUUACAAAUAACAGCAGCAAUGUCACUAGAGUUGUCCUGGAGCCCGACAGCAGGAAGAGAUCUCCAAGCAGCAUGGAAUGUCCACCACUGAAGAAACCCUGGCUGGGAAAGCAAGUGAAUAACAGCCAGAAUAAGCCAGGGUUUUUGAAGAAGAAUCAGUAUACUAAUACAAAAUUAGAAGUUCGAAAAAUUCCACCAGAAUUGAACAAUAUUACACAGCUCAAUGAACACUUCAGCAAAUUUGGAACUAUUGUAAACAUUCAGGUGGCUUUCCAGAACGAUCCUGAAGCUGCCCUCAUUCAGUACUUGAGCAACGACGAGGCGAGGAAGGCCAUUUCCAGCACGGAGGCAGUGCUGAGCAAUCGCUUUAUCCGGGUGCUGUGGCACAGGGAGAGCGAGCAGCCUGCAUUGCUGCAGCAGCAGCAGCAGCAGGCGCCCAGCCCGCAGGCCCUGCAGCACCUGCAGCAGCAGGCCCUGGCCGCGCCGCCCGCCGUCACCGUGCACAGCAGCCUGGCCAAGGUGAUGAACAAGCCCCUGGCAUCUGGUGCCUACGUCCUUAACAAAGUCCCAGUGAAGAGGCGCCUGGGAGCAGCGGGUGGGAGCCAGCCUGAGCUCAGCCAGCCCGGGGCUGGGGUGGAGGAGUCUCAGGUAUUUCCUACUUCUACAAGCCACUCUAAAAUGGUUUACAGUUCUCCAAACUUGAAGACAACUCUGAAGUCUGGUGCAGGGUCUAAACCUCAUGAUGUGCAAGAAGCCCUUAAAAAAAAGCAGGAGGCAAUGAAACUCCAGCAAGAUAUGAGGAAAAAGAAGCAGGAGAUGUUAGAAAAACAAAUAGAAUGCCAGAAGAUGUUGAUAUCCAAGCUGGAGAAAAACAAGGCCAUGAAACCAGAAGAGAGAGCAGAAAUUAUGAAGACUUUAAAAGAGCUAACAGGAAAAAUAUCUCAGUUAAAGGACGAAUUAAAAACUUCAUCUACAACCUCCACACCAUCCAAAUUGAAGUCCAAGACAGAGGCACAGAAGGAGCUGCUGGAUGCAGAGCUGGACUUCCAUAAGAGACUGUCCUCUGGAGAGGACACGACCGAGCUGCGGAAAAAGCUGAACCAGUUACAGGUGGAGGCUGCCCGCCUGGGCAUCCUCCCCGCCGGCCGAGGGAAGGCAGCGGCAGCCCCGGGGCGGGGCCGGGGCCGGGGCCGGGGCGGCAGGGGCCGGGCCAUGCUCAACCACAUGGUGGUGGAUCACCGGCCCAAGGCGCUCACCGUGGGAGGCUUCGUCGAGGAGGAGAAGGAUGAACUGCUACAGCACUUCUCUAAAUUUGGAGAUAUUGAAGAUCUUCAAGAAGAGGAUUCCCCAUUAAGUGUUGUUGUAACUUUUAAGUCCCGCUCAGAAGCUGAAAAUGCUGCUAACCAGGGCUCGCGCUUCAAGGACCGGCGGCUCCAGAUCUCGUGGCACAAGCCCAAGGUACCCUCUGUGUCCACUGAAGUCGAGGAAGAGGAGCCCAAGGAAGAGGAGACUGAAACCUCAGAUUUAUUUUUGCACGAAGAUGAUGAUGAUGAUGAUGAAGAUGAGGAUGAAUCCCGUUCUUGGAGAAGAUGAAACUUGAUGUUUGAAAUGUAUAAUUUUAGGAAUAUAGUUCAAACUACAUCUUUUAAACGUUUAUUUAAGGAAGUUGAUGAGCCAAAAAGAGCUUUACUUUCUUUUCAAACCACAAAAUUUACCAUGAGCAGUUUGGUAUGAAAACAUUUGGGACACAGAGCUGUGAGACUGAGCUAGCCAAGGGCCCAGGAACUUCUUACAGGAUUAUCAAGCUCACCAGGGUGGUGAUUUUUUUCUAUUUAAGAAGGAUAAAAAGCGGGGAGGGGGUUGGAAAUCAGUAUUUUCUUGUCCUCUUUUGUGUCACCUGUAUUACCUUGUUUUGGGUUUUUUAUAAUGUGAUUGGUUUGUUAGUUUAUAAUUGAAAAGAUAUUACAGGUUUUAUUUAGCAAUAUUACGAGGUUAGGGGAAAGACAAACUUUCAUUAAAUAUUAUGAAAGAAAAACUGGCCUCAUUUGCUCGUUGAAAAAAGGGAGCAUUUUAUUUCCUGUGGAGUCUCAUGUUUUAGGAAUUACUUGUGGCUAGAUUCUUAAAUCAUUUACUUCAGUAUGUGUGACAGCCACACUAUCUCUGUGUUGUGCUGCUUUUUGUGAGGAGGUGGAAGAAACAAUUUAACAGGGUAUUGUUAUAACAUUGUCCAGUUCACUCUGUUUCCCCAGAUUCUGCUUCACAGAAAACAUCAGCAGGAGCACACACUGGAGUGCAUUUCCACUCCUUGAUUUCCUUCUGUCAUUUCAGUGUAAGGCUCAGUGUAGGUCAGGCUGUUUAUUGCAUUUCAGUAUUUGUGAGCAGCAUGGAAGGAGUUCCAGUCUUCCUCAAAGAGCUGCCCUGCUCUGGCUGUUCCCAGCUGUGUCCAGGCAAGCCCUGGGGCUCAGAGCAGGGUGGGUUCACCCAGGACUGGGGUGUCCUGGCCCCAGACAGGCUCCAGUGUGGCUGGGGUGCCCUGGGUGCCCUGUGUCCCAUGGCCAUGCUCUGCUGUCCCUGUGCUGAGCAGGGCUGGGCUGGGCUCUGUGCCUUGUGCCUGGGGCACCCAGCAGCACCUCCCUGACUGCCCACUGGCCCUGGCCCCUCCCCAACACGCUUUUUGUGCAUUUCUACACAAAAGCAGCACCAUGGCCAUGCACAGUGCUCUUCUCUCCUGCAUGGCUGCCAGUGUAGGCCCCAGCACCUCCUGACUCAAGGGCAGCAUCCACCAAACCCUUUCCCUGCCUGAGCAGGGCAGGUGCUGAGCACCCUUUGGGGUCACAGCCCUGCUGACUGUCCUUGUGCUGUGCUGAGGUUUCCAUCCUGUGUAAUGUCCUGUUUCUUGUCAGCUGAAGGGAAUGUCUCCAGUAUUCUGUCUCUCUCCAAACCUCUCCUUUUCCUAGAAUUAGGACUGUCCUGCUAAUGCUGAAACUGAACUCCAGGCAUGAAGAAAUGGAGGAGAAACCCACCCCAUGAACUUACAAGAAUGUCUUGCUCUUCUCCCACCACCUCUAGGGGUUUUAAUGUCUGUGGCACAGUGUGUAUCUUGAGAAGUCCAUUGCAGCAAACAUGUCCGAGUCCUGACAACUUAAAAAAGGAGAGAGGGAUCAAAAGGAUUUAUAUAUUUUUUUGUACAGAGUUUUUUCUUAAACUGUAUAAUUUUGUAAAUAUUUUGCUUUUUUGUGUACUAAAAUUACCGGCGUAUAGAUUUCAAUAAGAAUUGUCGUAUUUUUGUAUUUGGAAAAUGAAAUUACAGUGGAUUAAUUAAGCUGUAAGAAAAACUGCGGUAGCCUUCGACACACACAGAAUGGAUUCCUUUUCAUAUGGUUUUAGCUCCAAAGUGACCCUGGGGUGGCACCUGUGUCAGGUGAGGCAGCGAGGGCCGUCUCAGAGCUGUCCCCAGCUGCAGUUUGCCCUCCAGUGCCCCAGCAAGGCUGGCCUGAGUGCCAGGUGCCACCCCAGGGCUGGCAGUGCCCCCGGGCUGGCAGUGCCCGGGCAGAGGGGCUGGAGGAGGAGGAGAGGAGCUGCUGGAGCUGGGCUGCCUUUUGCCAAAGCCUCUGAACACCUCUGUGUUUUAGGGCCUGUCUCGGGGUGGCUUGGCUUGGGUUUCUGUGCUUCCAGAGGCAGCAGGGCAGUGCAGCCAAGUUCAUUUCGUGGGGAUGCUUUUCUGGGAAAUGCACCUGCAGCUGGGGCAAAGCAGCCCUGGGGGGUCCUGUGUGUGCCAGCCACGUGUGCCAGCCACUGCAGGGUGGGGGCAUGGGGAAAGGAAGUCACUGCACACCAUUCCCUCCCUUUCUGUGCUGAAUUAACCUGAGCAAAAUAGACAAAACCACCUCAAAUCUGAAACCAGGCGCCUGCUUAGGAAAACACCACUUUAGCAAAAUCAUGUGAAAAGGAACAAAGCUCCUCUUGGUGUAUAGUAACCUUGUACUAUAGUUUUUACAGAUUGUGAACUUGUGUAAUAGGAUAAUAGCAGAUAUUGUUGAAUUUCUAAUUGUUUACACAUUAAAAUUCAUAUAUGUAAUGUUUGUUUUAUUGAUUACAAGCCAAAUUUCUAAGA